GCAGCCCGACGGUUUCCUCCUCCGUGGCCGCGUCAUCGCGGAGGAAUGACUGCGGCUCGUGGGGCAGUGGUCUCUGGACAUACUUGCGAUGCUUUUCGGCUGAGACACGCGCGGCGCCCGUCUGUUCUGACCGGCACCUCUGCGCUGGGCGGAGCUCGCUGCGCUCCCAUUGGCGGACGGGCGGAGCGACGCUCCACGAGCAGCGGGACGAGGCUGGCGCUCGGUGCCACGGAGGACGGCACGGAGGAAACUUUGUCCGGACCUCGGGAUACGUGGGCACAGUUUUCGACCUCUCUCGGGGAAACGGGACGUGUAAGAGCGAAGACGCGUCGUUUGCGUCCACUCCUAGAGGCUGCGCGGUGUUUUGGACCGUUCUGUGGAACAUGCGUGAAAUCCCAACUUGACUCGACUUUACGCAUGGAGCUGUGAGCUGCCGAGGAGAGCAGAGGAGGCGCUCGCUCGGAUUUCAAAGUCGCCCGUUGAAGUAGCUUUUUUUCUUCUCACGAGCCGGGGUUUAAUACGACAAAAAGCAUGGCUGAGCACGAGAGCCUGGAGUUUGGGAAGGCGGAUUUUGUGCUUCUGGACAACGUGUCAAUGGAGGAAUUCAUGGCGAACCUAAAGCUCAGGUUUGAGAAGAGCAGGAUCUACACCUACAUCGGGGAGGUGGUGGUGUCCGUCAACCCGUACCGCGCCAUGAACUUCUACGGCCGCGACACCAUCGAGCAGUACAAGGGCCGCGAGCUGUACGAGCGGCCGCCGCACCUCUUCGCCAUCGCCGACGCCGCCUACAAAGCCAUGAAGCGCAGGAACAAGGACACGUGCAUCGUCAUCUCAGGUGAAAGUGGAGCAGGAAAGACGGAAGCCAGCAAAUAUAUAAUGCAAUACAUCGCUGCCAUCACCAAUCCAAACCAGAGGGCUGAGGUUGAAAGGGUCAAAAACACGCUGCUCAAGUCCAACUGCGUCCUCGAGGCCUUCGGAAACGCCAAGACCAACCGCAACGACAACUCCAGCCGCUUCGGCAAGUACAUGGACAUCAACUUCGACUUCAAGGGAGACCCCAUCGGAGGCCACAUCAGCAACUACCUGCUGGAGAAGAGCCGCGUGAUCUUCCAACAGGAAGGCGAGCGGAGCUUCCAUUCCUUCUACCAGCUCAUCAGAGGAGCCCCCGACUCCCUGCUGCGCUCUCUGCACGUCCAGAAGGACCCGACGGCCUACAGCUACAUCAAAGUGGGAGGUCAGAUCAAGUCGUGCAUAAAUGAUGGGGCGGAUUUUAAAGCCGUCGCCGACGCCAUGAAGGUGAUCGGUUUCACCGGGGACGAGGUCCAGACUGCUUAUAAGAUCCUGGCCGCCAUCCUCAACCUGGGGAACCUGACCUUCGGCGUCGACGGCGACGUGACCCUGAUCGAGAACCCGAAGCUGGCGUCCGUCAUCAGGGAGCUGCUGUCGACCAAGGAGGACACGGUGGAGAAGGCGCUGCUGUACCGCACGGUGGCCACGGGCCGCGACGUCAUCGAGAAGCAGCACACGGUGCAGGAGGCCAGCUACGGCCGCGACGCGCUCGCCAAGGCCAUGUACGAGCGUCUGUUCUGCUGGAUCGUGGGCCGCAUCAAUGACAUCAUUGAGGUGAAGAACUACGAUGCGCGGGUCCACGGGAAGAACACGGUGAUCGGGGUGCUGGACAUCUACGGCUUUGAGAUCUUCCAGAACAACAGCUUUGAACAGUUCUGCAUCAACUACUGCAAUGAGAAGCUGCAGCAGCUGUUCAUCCAGCUGGUGCUGCGGCAGGAGCAGGAGGAGUACCAGCGAGAAGGCAUCCCCUGGAAACACAUCGAUUACUUCAAUAACCAGAUCAUCGUGGAUUUGGUGGAGCAGCAGCACAAGGGCAUCUUCUCCGUGCUGGACGAGGCCUGCAUGAACGUGGGCAAAGUCACAGACGAGGUUUUCCUCCAAGGACUCAAUGCCAAGCUGGCCAAACACGCCCACUACACCAGCCGCAAGCUUUCACCAACCGACAAGAGUCUGGAGUUCGACAGAGACUUUCGCAUCAGACACUACGCUGGAGACGUGGUGUAUUCAGUGGUCGGGUUCAUUGAUAAGAACAAGGACACGCUGUUCCAGGAUUUUAAGAGGCUGCUCUACAACAGCGCCAACCCGGUCCUGAAGGGGAUGUGGCCCGAGGGCAAACUGAGCAUCACAGAGGUCACCAAGCGGCCGCUGACGGCGGCCACGCUCUUCAAGAACUCCAUGAUCUCGCUGGUGGAGAACCUGGCCUGCAAGGAGCCCUACUACGUGCGCUGCAUCAAGCCCAACGACGUGAAGUCGCCGCUGCUGUUCGAGCAGGAGCGCUGCCGCCACCAGGUGGAGUAUUUGGGGCUGCUGGAGAACGUCCGGGUGCGGCGCGCCGGCUUCGCCUACAGGCAGACCUACCCCCGGUUCCUACAGAGGUACAAGAUGAUCUCUGAGUUCACGUGGCCGAACCACGACCUGGCGUCCGACAGGGACGCGGUGAAGAAGCUGCUGCAGGGCUGCGGCUUCGACCACGACGUGGCCUACGGCAAAACCAAGGUGUUCGUCCGCACGCCGCGCACGCUCUUCAGCCUGGAGGAGCAGCGAGCGGAGAUGGUCCGGAGAAUCGUGCUGUUCCUGCAGAAGGUGUGGAGGGGAACCCUGGCCCGGAUGCGGUACCGCCGCAUGCGUGCGGCCCUCGUCAUCCUCCAGGCCUACCGCCGCCACAAAGUCAAGUCCUACGUCCGCGAGGUCCACAGCCGCUUCCAGAACGUGGCGUCGGCGAAGGACCGCGGCCGCCGCGUGAAGUGGCCCACGCCGCCCAAGGUCCUGCGCAAGUGUGAGGAGGCCCUGAAGAGCAUCUACAACAGGUGGUGGGCAUGGACGCUAAUCAAAGGCCUCUCUCCAGAGGAGGCGCUGCAGGUGAGGGCCAAGGUAGCCAGCCUGGAGGCCUUGAAGGGUCAGAGGUCAGACCUGGGGCUGCAGAGGCCCUGGGAGGGGAACUAUCUGAAGCGAGACAGCCCCGACGCCGCCGCCUCCUUCGCGCUCGUCUCCAGCGAGCUUCAGCGACGAGACAAAUUCAUGAGAGUCCUGUUCUCCUGCAACGUGCGCAAGAUCAACCAUUUCCACAAGGCAGAGAACCGGACGGUGCUCAUCACCGACCGCCACCUGUACAAGAUGGACCCCCUGAGGCAGUACCGGCCCAUGAAGAGCAUCCCCCUCUAUAACGUGACGGGCGUGAGCGUGUCCCCGGGGAAGGACCAGCUGGUGGUGCUCCACACCAAGGACAGCCGGGACCUGGUGGUGUGCCUGCAGGGAAUGGUGCCUGCCAGCGAGAGCCGCGUGGGGGAGCUGGUCGGGGUCCUGCUCAGCCACUUCAAAAGUGAGAAGAGGAAGCUGCAGGUGAACGUCGCCAGUCCCAUCCAGUGCAGCAUGAACGGGAGGAAGUGCACCGUCGUCGUCGAGCCCAAGAUCAACCAGUCGCAGCCCGACUUCACCAAGAGCCGAUCCGGUUACAUCCUGACCGUCCCUGGGAACUGAAGUGGACCGAACGAAGCCACAGCCAUUCCACAGCCACGAUGAUGAUGAGGAUGAUGAUCUGAGUCUGAUUUAAUGCAGAGCUGCUCAUAAUUUGAAUGCGUUUAGCAAUUAGCCUUGAUUUGCCAAAUCAGACCUGUUUUGUUUUUCUUUGCAAAGUUACCAAUGAAACAUAAAGACUGCAGACGAGCUUUAAAGAUGCACCAUGUGAUCAUCCACCUAAGUGGAACUUUUCAAAUUUCAGUUGAUUCGCUUUGUGCAAUAUUUAGUUUAACCUGGAUCAAUUUUUGGAGCUGAAGGUGAGAGGAUAUUAAAGCUUGUAGAAUCAGUGACGCUGCACAACAGGAAGCUAAUGUUCCUGCAGCUUCCUGUGCAGGAGCAUCAGAUGGACGGAUCAGACAUGAAGAUUAUGGGUCCGUUCACAUGCUCCACUAUGUUUAAGAAGACGCCCUGUUUGUGAUUUGUAAUAACGUCUAUGGCCUUGAUCGAGCACGACCUGGAAACAGCAGCGCCCACUCCGAGUUGAGGAAAAUGUUUACAGUCACAGCGAGUGAGAAUCAGUGAUUCAGCGUCUGAUGCUCAAAUUGCAGCUCGUUGUUAGUCACAGGACGUUGAGGAGGAUGUGUUGAGCAUAUCCUGAACAUCACAACCUGCUUUACACGAAGCGAUGAAGUCAUGUCAUCCAGUGCAAUGCCAGUACUUUUUAUAGUAGACUAGUGCUGCUCAUAUAUUCAAGGGUAGAUUUUACUGUAUUUAGGCAGCUGAACAUCAUAACGAAUUAAAAACUGCAGAAAACAAAUGAGGUCAGUAACAAAGCAUCGCGUUUUCAGGUGAUAUCGUCUUUAAAUAUAACGCAGCUUUAUCUUGUGUUGCCAUGCGGUGCUUUGGCCUCCUGCUUGAGCUUAGUCUAUAUUCCUUUCAUCACAGUGGACAGUGAGCCGUGCUGUCCUACGUCACCUCCCUGUCAGAUGAUAGAAAAUGUCACAGAUCUUCAUCUGAUCCCGUAAAAUUGUCCUCACUUAUUCUGUUCAAAGCCAAAUUGUUCUAAACACACACACAAUCAACACUUCCCACAAGCUGUCGGCUGCGCUGGAAGUUUUCACUCGGCUCUCGUUCGUCCGUAGCUGUGAACACGUCGCAAUAUGUUCCUUUUCCACUGAACGCAACAGAACAGCAGAUCACGAGAUGAAGCUCUGGCCUCAUAAUUCUUUGAGCAGAUGUGCCAAAGGAAAGGGUCUGUUCUGCAUGCGUUUAGACAAAGCGUGGGCUCAGGAAUGACAGCCCAAGGUCAUGAAUCAGCCUCGGGCCUGGUUGAAGGGGCAUCAAGGCAGACUUCACUUUAACAGGAGGUAAACUUGUUAGCAGUCAUUUUAACCGCAGCAGCACUGCCUCUAAUUGCUCCACUGUUGCCUGAACAAGUCGUUUAUCUUAAUUAGUCUCCAAGCGCCCCUGUCCUUUCAAGGAGCAAGUGUCUGUCUGUCGUGCCUCGCCGCUGGACGAGCGUCCCGUCGCUCGGGCUCGGAGGAGGCUUGUUCAGGGACGCGGGUGCAUUCGCAGGGUGGAUUAAGGAUGUGACAUUGGGAGCGUUAAUAGACGCUUUUCACAGCAGCUCAGGCUCGAGUGUGUGUGUGUGUGUGUGUGUGUGUGUGUGUGUGUGUGUGUGUGUGUGUGUGUGUGUGUGUGUGUGUAUGUGUUGUAAUCUCCCACAGGGCUUCUCCUCCCUGCUCAGCCAUUCCACGCUCAUCUUCAGGAUGGACUACAUGUCACUUCUCCCUUUCCUGAGGCGGGAGGGGGGGGGGGUUGGUGAACAAAGCCUCAGCUGGCCUUCUCUCCGCCUCCACCCCCUCCACCCUCCUAGCGCUGUCAAAUCACUUGGCUCCGCGCCCGGCCGGGCCCGUUCUAUGGUCCUGCAGGGCAGUGAAGGUUCCCCUGUUCCUGUGUAUAUCUUUCUUUUGUUGUUUCUGUCGGCCGUCCUGCGCCCAGGAGGCCGACGAGACGGAAAAUCUACCGGCAACAAGACUGGAAACUUUACGUGGAUGCAGUACUUCAAUCUUCUUCUAAGUACUUCUCUUCUAAUAGCUUUAAGUAACUCGUGCAUUCGUCAGGGACGUGUUGAGAGACGCUAGACUCCAUAAUGGAGCCUGCACAGGAGGAAGCUCCAUGCAGCCGAGCACAGGCAGUACUGGGGAACAGGCUCAAUUCAUUGCUUGGUGAGCUUUGUUGACAGGUGGCUCGCUCGCUCGCUUUAAUGUGCCCCGCUCAACCCAAUCACCAGCAGCCAUCUUUUCCAUUACACUGAUUAGUGAUUUUAAUGAACAAACGUCGCCUAAUUGCUUUCAUAAAACUAAAAAAAAAAAUUGGGAACGUCAAGUUUGACGUUACUGGUUUUAGUGUUUUUUGUUCCAGACUCCACAUCUGCCAAAGGGAAACAAACUCCAUUUUUUUUCUAUAAUUUAUUCUGUGGGUUAGAUAAAAUGUGCGCCAUUCAAUAAGUAUGUGCCUAAUUUUAUAUUAAGUUUAUAUUUUGCAUUCCAUAAUAUAAAUAUACUGUAAUAUUACGACCAAGUGAAAAGGGAAGUGUUGUAAUAAUAUUUUUUGCAACUGUAGUCUGUCUAGAUGCAGGUCAUGUAUUCCCUUGUGUUCCAUAUUGAAAACAGUUUCAUUAAUCAUUUAAUUAAUAAAUCUAUUUGCUCUA